GACACCUAUGUUCUCUUCUCUCCACCAAAAAACAAAUAAAUAAAAAAUAUAAAAAAAUAUACAUUUUUCAGCUCUAUUUGCUUGCUCGCUCCAAUACCAACCCUCCCACUCCUCCCCAGAUCAGAUCUCACAUUCUCUCCACUCCACCACCACCCAUGAUUUCUAACCAUUGAAUCGCCACCCGCAAACUUCACACCGCCAACUCAUCGUUUACCAUGGUGACCCUGCAAAAAGUCAAGCUCUUAGCGACUCAAUGCGCCGUAGCCGGUAGCCCAACGCGGAGCCCAUCGGCCAGCCCAGUCAUUCACCUCCGCCGCCGCAAAACUCUAAGAAUGUUCCUCUCCUGCCAGGACCACCGCCGAUUGCCUCGCCGGACCAAUUCCUCAAAAUCUCCACCCAUCGACGGCGACAAUCGCGAUGGUGAUCCGCCGCAGAAGAGCAAGGAUGUCGCUCGGGUUCGGCGCAAGCUGAAGGACCUCUUCGUGUCGUCGCCGCCGUUCGAAGAUAGUGUUUCGGAUAGGAGAGGUCGAGGAAUUGUGGACGAAGAAGAAGAGCGAGGGUUGUUAUCGGAAACCGGAAGUGGUGGCGGUGCCGGUAGGUUUCCGACUCGGCGAGGCCGAGGGUUGUCGUUUCGAAAUAGGUUGCUGAAACGAUCUUGGCGGCCUGUUCUGGUUUCCAUCCCCGAGUAGCUAGGCGUUCUCAAUUUUCUGUGAAAGUACGGAUAAUUCCAUUUUUUUUUACUUGUUUUUGGAAAAUAUGAUUGGAGUGUAAUCUUAUUAGAUUUUUUUUUUCUUUUUAUAAAUAGUAAUUAGAUUCACAAUUUAA